AUGGACCAAUACAAGCUGGAAUACUAGAAAGGUAGCGGUACCUUUUCAGUGGUCUUUACGGCCCUCUCCCUCAAGACCGGCAAGUACGUGGCCAUCAAGUGCAUGAAGAAGAAGUUCGACAGUCUCGAGAAGGUGAAGAAACUGAAAGAGAUCCAGGCGCUGAACAUCCUCUCGCCGCACGAGAACAUCAUCAAGAUGAUAUAGGCGCUGUACGACGAGCCCAGCUACGCAUCCCUCCACGUAGGCAAAUUAGCUCUGGUGUUCGAACUGAUGGACAUGAACCUGUACGAGUGCCUCAAGAAUAAGAAAAACCCGCUUACCUUCCAGAAGAUAAAGUUCUACAUGUUCCAGGUGCUCCGCGCCAUCGAGUUCAUGCACCGCAAGGGCAUCUUCCACCGCGAUAUCAAGCCCGAGAAUAUCCUUAUAAAAGGAAAUUUGGUCAAAUUGGCAGACCUCGGCUCCUGUAAGGGCAAACACUCGCCCUCCCCCUACACUGACUAUAUAUCUACGCGAUGGUAUAGGGCUCCCGAGUGCCUCAUGACUGACGGCUACUAUAACGAAAAAAUGGACGUUUGGGGAUUCGGUUGCGUUUUGUUCGAACUCAUCACCAAAAAACCCCUCUUCCCGGGAAAAGACGAGCUUGAUCAGAUCCACCGCAUCAACAAUGUCCUCGGGACGCCGAAACAGGAAGUGCUUGAACGGUUCAAGAGCCAGGCAACGCACAUGGAGAUCAAUUUCACACCCAAGAAGGGCAUCGGCAUCGAAAAGUUUCUGCCAGCGGGGUGCACGCAGGACCUGAAAGACAUCCUCAACAAGCUGCUGGCCUACGAUCCCAACUAGCGGAUCAGUGCUGAAAACGCCAUUAAGCAUGAGUAUUUUGCAUAG